AUGGGCUGCAAGAGUUCCAAGACGAGGAGGGAAAGGCGGAGGGGGUCAACAGAGACUCCGGAAGACGCCGCGCCUUCGGAGCUGGUGGGCAGUGUUGACCCCUUAGAGCCCGUCACGGUGCGCGUAAGCGAGCCGGUGCAGCCGCGUGCUGCGGUGGGCACCAAUGUCGGGGGGGAUGAGGGGGAGCCGGAAUCGCCAGCGCAGCAGUCGUCUGAAGCUUCUGUUGCUUUCGUCAAUGCGCCUAAUGAUUCGAUUUACACAGCACAGUCACCGUUAGAGUUCGCUGCGAAUCCGCAGAGUGACGGUGGUGCUCUAGAGGAGGCCGACAACGUCUCCAAGAACCUCAACGUGGAGCCGGACCAGCCUGCAAGCCGCACCUCGUCAUCCAAGAAGCCGCAGCCCAAGCGAGACGAGGCGAGCGCCGGCAAUCAGAUCCACUCGGAAGUGGAGAGCCACCACAGUGCGGAGAAGGCGACGGCGGACGAGUGGGAGGUGGAGCUCUCGCUGCCCCGCUCAGCCCCGCCACUGGCGCAGGUGCAGCAACCGGAAGCCGCGCCCGUACCGCCACUGGCAGCGACACCAGCGCUGUACGACGAGGAGGCGACAACGCCGCUCGGCAUGGAGAGCAUCCCGGAGCCGACACCAAAGCGCCAGACACCACGCUCGCGGCCGCCGUCAGAUAUCGCAACGCGUCAGCACGCGAGGGCGGUGGCGUCGUCGAAUGCCUCCGCCUCCGCACCGCGCCGUUACUCUCGGAAGUCAAGCGUCGGGGGGUCUUCGUCUGGUACUGUGCGGCCGUCAGGGCGGUCAUCGCACCGCGCUAUGCUUCAACCACGGGCGCAUAACGGUGGGAGGCCGCCGGUUCGCCAGGACUGCGGCGCUCAAGCAGAGGCCGCGUCCUUUCCGCAGUACGCCGUCUGCGGAGACGACUAUCGCGCCUCUGCUGCGGCGCCGCUGUCGCCGACUGCGUCUUUGGUCUCGGCUUCAGCAACACCCGUCAUUCGUGAAGAGUUGAUACCGAAUACCGAGGUGUCUGAACGCAUGGUGGCAGACUACCACUCUCCCGACGCCAACCACGACGAGGUGGCAUUGCUACAGAGCGCGGGCCGGUUGGCCUACCGUGAGAGCCCGGCUGACCUGCGCAUGUCAUUCUUACAGCGGCCGCCUAAGCCGGUGUCUCAACGGUGGUGGCGCGGGUUUACCUCUCCUAUCCCGUACCGUCGCGGCUACACGAACCCGACCCCUGGCGCCGGCCCUCAGGCGCACCGCCCAUCAACGACGUACAUGCCCCCGCCCACCGCGUACAUCAUGAGGGCUCCCGGCGCUGCGCCGCCGCGGCUUUCGUUCGACCCGUCGGCGCUUGCCGCCAUGGAGGCGCCCAACACUAGGCUCGUCCAAGCCCCCAUACUGCGCCUAGCCGACACCUACACGGGCACGGCGACGUCAAUGUCUGCUAACAGUGGGGGCAAUGAGGAGUCAACUCCCACGUCGCAGCACUCUGCGGCGACGUCGAUGUCGGCGCUAAGCGCAUCACGACUUUCAGGAUCGGGGGCGGACGCGUACAUUUAUGAGGGGCCGGAGAAGUUUCCACCGUCAUACCUAUCUGAGCUCGUGUACACCCCCGCCGCGCCGGCAGCAGGAGCGACUGGUGCUGCGGCGGCGGUGACACAGCCAUCGUUAGGCGCUGGCUUUUUGCACUCGCACAGCAGCCAGCGACCAAGGCUGGCCAACCCAGCACCUCGAGCCCAGCAGCAACAGCGCUCUUCCGAAGGCCUUUAUGCUACUGAGCAACCUCCGCAGAAACACCUGUUUAGUCGCUCAGGCCUGCGAGUGAGAGCCGCGGUAAAUCGUGCGGCGAAUCACUAUGGCUACGACGUCGACGCCGUUGACGCGGAGGGCUCGUGCGACACGGCGUCAGAGCUAUAUGUGUACAGCUAA